AUGGGACAAAUCUUCGACAAACUUCAAGGUGAAGCGUGGAGGAAAAAGCAAGUUAGGAAGAUUACUGAUCGAGUUUUUCAGAAUGUAAGGAAUCAAAUUCGAACGGAAAAUUUGAGUUUUGAAGAUCUGUAUAUUGCUGUUUUACUUGUUUACAAUGAUAUCAACAAGUUUAUUCCUGGUCCCCAUUUCGAUCCUCCAUCGAAAGAAAACGUCAGACAAAUCAUGCAGGAAUGUGAUAUAAACUUGGAUGGGGCAAUUGAUCAUGACGAAUUUUGCGAUUUCAUCCAGAAAAUGACAGCUGAUACAUUCACUGUUGUUAGUCAAAAACUUAUUCUGACUUUGGUUGUAGCACCAAGUGUUGCGAUGGCAACAAAAAGAGCCACUGAAGGUGUCCCUGGUGUUGGAAAAGUGGUUCAAAGGUUACCAAAUGCACUUUAUGCAUCGCUUGUUACCCUUGCAGUUGUGUGGUUCCAAAAGAUGGGAGAUCAGUCUGGAAUCUGA